AUUUCUGUUUUGGUAGAUGAAUUUUAAAUUUUGUAACGCCGACAAACUGAUCAGAAGUGUAGAUUUCUGAAACAGUGAUAUGAUGAGAUCGGACACGAACGUUGAAACACGAACACGAUCGGAUGGAAGACACUCUUUGUCAAGACGCCGAAUUACCAGAGUAACGAACAGCGGAGAAAACGGGGCAUUUGAAAACGACCUUGCGCUUGCGAUGCAGGAGAGUUUGAGAUACGCGAAACAAGAAGAAGCCAACAAAAAGAGACAACAGGAAGAUUCGUUUGUUGAAAGUAACGGACUAGACGUCCAAAACAAAGUAGGAGAAGUCACGAUGAGUGGCAGAGCUUGUAUGGAGUCCCCCAAGGGGCCUAAACAACUAAAGGAACUUUUGUUACUACAUGUCGAUCUUGUUCAACAUCAACAAGAACUUAUAUCUCAAAAAGACAAGGAAAUUAAACAAUUACAAGAGGAAAGAACAGCAUUAACAUGUCGUCUAGAGAGAAUGGAAAGGAGAAUGUCACUAUUGAAACAGAAAGAUGACUUCUCAGAUAUACAACAUAAAGCAUUUGGGAGCCCGAACUCGUGUGCUCAGUCUGCAUCCAAGACCACCAAUGAACAACCAUCAACAACAGCAGACCGAGGGACUAAACGAAAGUCAACUGGCUUGGAGCCACAGAAUCUCACCAAGAGGUUUGCAGCAGAAGCUCAAAAACCUCUAGCCGCAUCAACUCCAAGUCAUCGUACAGAACGACACCAGCGCUACAGAAACAGGUCAGCAACUGUAUCUUCGUCUGUAAGCUCUGCCCCUAGCAUUGACCCAGCAACCUCCAGCACUGCAAGCCCUCGCAAAAACCGACGGUCAGUCAAGGAUAUCCGUGACAGUCCGGACAACUCUGUAUUGCGCACCAAUGACCCUUAUUAUGUUUCCUAUUAUGAACCUCAAGAUGAAGAUGAUAUUGACCUUGAAUCUCGAGGAGACAUAAUCCAGGGAGCACAUAAAGAACUCCAAGUUGAAUUACCACAAUGGCAAAAUAAGACCUACACCAAUCUUUGGGUACUGGAAGGAACAGAGAAUCUUGAAGAUGAAGUAUUCCUUAAAAGACACCAGAAGCCAGAGAUUGAAGAGAAACGAAGAAAGAGAUGGGAUCUGCAAAGAAUUCGGGAGCAGAAGAUCUAUGAGAAACUGAAAGAAAAGGAGCGAGGAGAGGUGUGCAGCAAAGACGACGGACAACAGUCAAACACUUUAGAAUCUUUCUAUCCAAGUCUAGAUACAAUUACACACAUAGAGGUGACAAACAAAAUUCCUGUGAUGGUGUUUGGACACCCUGUGCCAAAUCUAGACAAAGAAGAAUUUUCAUUACCUUGGGAAUUAGAAACAAGUGUUCGUUCCCAUCCAUCUCGAUCUAGUCGAAAUAGCCGCCACACAUAGUUAAGAAUGACUAAAUCCCACCAGACUACCCUACCCACCAAUCUCGACGAGUGACUGGUUUAUCACCACAGAAGCUGUGCUUCAGAUCAAACCAAGUUCACAAAAAAACUGUGAAGGGAAAACCAAUAUCAUUGGAGCCUCUUCAGUGAAGCUUAGAAAUUUUCAAGCCAUGUAAGAGCAUUGAAGGAUUGUGGUUUAAAAUUAUAUACAAAGUGUAGAUCUUUUGUAAAUUGAUUGUAUGGUCCAGUGGUAAUAUGAGCCACUGUCUUAGUGUCUUUUGCUCAAAAGGAAUUACCUGAAUCUGUUUCAAAAAGUUUGAUUGGCAGUAUGUUUUAUGGUGUUGUAACAUUUUAUGGUUUAUUUACAUGUACAAGUUGAAACAUUCUAUGAUUUCAAUGUCAACACAUAGAUUUAACCAUAUAUAAUGCAUCUUAAAACAGGCAUAAAGUGAACAGGACUAUGUAUUGUCUAUAUGAUCAUCACUAUCAUACUGUGGAACCUGGCUUGCUGAACACUGAGAACUGUUCCUGAUACAAUGUAGAUCUAGGCUCAGUGGGUCAAGUUAGCCUAAAAAGGAGGGUGGGGGCUCUUGUGUUCAAACUAAAACGGGUAAUCCAUAGUCACUUAAACGUAAUUUUUUUUUAUGAAAAUGAUCGGUAUCUUAGUUCAUUUUUUGAACAUUUUUUCAGAAUUUUGAAUGUCUAGAGAUGAUUGUUUUCAAUAGAAAUAAGAAACAUUGUUUGCCAAUUUUUGGUGCCAAAUGUUAUAUGAAAGCCUUGUGCAAUGAUACAGAUUAAGUUGUUCAUUUUACUCAUACAUAAUGUAUAAACAUUGAUCACCAUAGUUAGCACACCACUUGUUCAAGGUAUAGUUCACAUUAAUAUUAGUGAUGAUCAUAUUAGCAUCAGUGCCAACUAGGACAUCGAUAUAUGUAAUGUGAAUAGUACAUUCAUACUGGUAGGAUUCCUCUUGCCACUGAUAUUUCACAUAGGUAUAUUGCAGAUGGUUUGUCGGGCUUGAAAUGUAAGAAAUAUUAAAAUCCACUUUGAUAGUGCUGUUUCUGUCACACAUAAUUUUGUGUUCAAGAGUUUUACAGUUUCUGCUGAAUGGAAAUAAAUGUACACUUUCUAGUAGAGCAUCUUAGAAUAGCAAGGGCAGUGGUCUUUAUCGAGUGAAUAACCAACUGUCUCUUCCUGAUCAGUAUUAGUGGUCAGCCCAACACGAUAUUUUGAUAUUGAUUUAGAAAUGAGUUACAUAGUUAUUGAUAUACGAGUUAUGUUACUUUUUCUUUAUUAACCAAUGUGUGUUCUAUAGAUGAUAUGUUGUUUUCUUUUCCGUACAUAUGAAAGCUUUCAACUUGUGUUGCCUAUAAAAGGUACUUUUCCAACUUUUGCUGAAUGCAGAAUGAUAGUGUGAAUUUCAAUGCAUUUCCAUCAUGACUGAUUUAACAGUAGCAUGUGUUAGAUAAAUACUAUACCAAAGGAUAUGUGGUGAAAUUGAUAAAUCUUAAAUCACAUAAGAGAGUCACCUGGUAGAAGUGGAUAGAUUUAAUAUUUUGACAGAGUAAACAGUGUUAAGCUUGAUUUCGUGUGAAUUGGUAAAAAAGGGAAUGUCUAGGUAAUGACUAUGUUGUGGUUGUUGGUAGUGAUCUCGACAUUUUGAAGUAUUUUUCUUUAGAUAUUUUGAAAUAAUUGUUUCGUAUGACUGCUUUAUAUUAUGUCAGUUGUCUAGUUGUGUAUAAUCAUAAUUGUUGAAGUUUGAAAGUAUUUUAAAUGUUUAUAUAAGAAAGUUUUAAUUAUUUAUUUCAAGUGAGAUAGAAGGUUUUAAUCUGAAUAUUGUACAGUACAGAAACAGAUUUGAUGUGUCCCCAUUUGUUUGUGUAGUCUAUAUAUCUGAUUUGGUGGUGAGAAAUCUUAGAGAGAUAUCUGAACUUUCGACUGGUAUAACUUUUUUUGUCAGUGACAGGAUACAUUUUAUUGAAGUUUUAUGGAUAUUAUUUGUUAGUAUUCAAAUGAUGAAAGUGUUUUGAUGCAUCAUCACAUAUACUAUAGAUUUCAUUUCAGAGUAUGAUUGGAUUUCAACUUUUGUCCUGCUUGUUUUUGUAUCUAUGUCUUUAUAGUUCACAUCUAGGUUUUCAACUGUAAACUGUAUUUAAAUCUAGGUGUCCCAUAAUGCAUGGUUCACUGGCCAGUAACUAAGUAAUCUCUAUGGGAGCGAGUGACUUGAGAAAUGCUGGUGUUGUGUAAGAGAAUUUUGUCGUGUGUGGUCAUUAUCAUAAGAUUUGUAUCAUUGAAUAUUGUUAAUCUUUUCUGAUUCUUACAGAGAACCCAAGAAAAAAGACGUAUUGAAACUCAAACAUAUUUAGUAUAAAUAAAUGAUUGAAUGAUUUCCUGUUCAGUGUUUACACCCAAUAACAAAGUUUUUUAAUAAACAGCCGUGUGCUCUUUAGAAAAUGGUUUAUUACCAUCCUAUCUAAGGCUACGAAAGUAUAUAUAGUUCGGUAGUGAAUGUACAACAUAGGAACACAUUGAUAAUAGCUAUAGUAUGGAAUGGGUCAUGAGAGUUUGUGAAUUGUAUAAAUCUGUUAUUGUUCUGGACCAAGUGCUUUGCUUGUCAUUGACAGUUGUCCACAAAUACGAGAUAUUUACAUACGAAAACAAAUAAAACCAAAAAUGUGA